GCGGGAGCACGAGAGGCUGGAGCCGCAGCCAUUUAUCCCGCUGACGGGAGCCUCGAAAACGCUAUACUAAAUGGUCCCACGUUAGUAGAUCCAGCGAUGAGCGCGACUUGAUCUUCAGAUCUGGCAGCAAGGGAACAAGAGCAUUUGCGAAGGCGUUUCCGCUCACCAAGCUGCAGACAAGACGCCCAGGCUAGGGUUCGGAGGAAGAGGCGAUUCGGGCGGAUUGUGCAGCGAGAGGAGGCUUACCUGGAAAAGUCGGACGGUGGCAUGACUCGAAGAGUGCGGUUCUGGCGUUCUCUAUAUCCCAGCAUUGCGGCAGACGACCUCGGAUAAUAUUUCAGCGCUGUAUCUGGUGCACGAUAAAGCCGCCCUGUCGUCGCCACGCUGGGCGAGGGGCUCUGCGCAUCGAGCUGCUUCGAGGGCCUCUCGGCGGCCGUGGAGGUGAGCAUCGGAGUGGGCCUUGCCUUCUUGACUCUGGCGACGACGAGGUUGCCGAUGAGGUCGACAAGCAGAUUCCGAUGCAAGGGCCACGGAGUUUUCCACCGCAUAGAGACAUCCUAAUCUUCGUCUAUGUGCAGAGAGAGAGAGAGAGAGUGAAUGCGUGUGCGGCGGUCUCAUCGAGCAGCGCCCACACGCUGCUUGACACGCGCACCUCCAUGACAGUUGCGUGGGGGCUCAUCCGUUCACAUGCGCGCACCGCCUUCUUCCCCUGAUCUCCGUGUGCGCCGCGGGCAUCGGCCGUCGCACCGCCCAGCCAGCACCCCGCCGCCGUUCUCUUGCCAAGGACCUCCUGCCGCAUGGGGCCUCUUCGGUGCCCCUGCGCUCCAUUUCGGUGACCGUAGGUGCCUUCGUUUUGCACUGGCUGCCUCCUUGCCCUGCCCGUGCCCCUCCGCCCCCCGCGGUGGCCCCAUGCGGCGCGCCGCGCUCGCGGCCGCGCUCUGGCGGCCCGCGCACCGCUCGCUGGCGGCGGUGCUCGAGGAGGCGCCUGCUCUCAGCGAUGAGGAUUGGAAGUCGGGCCUGGAAGACCAGUCCAGUUAUGGCGCGCUCUCGAACGGGUCAGGGACAUACGACUUUGACGACCUGGGCGAGCAGUUCGAUGUCGGACAUCUUUUGGAAUUGGACAGUGCUGGCAUGGACUCCGAAAGUUACGACGGCGACGACCAGGGUCGUUCUGAAGACGAGGCGUACAACCACCGCGAGCCUAUCGUGAACCUCCUCCCGGAGCAGCGCCUGCAGAAGCACAGGCAGAGCUAUGAGGCAGACAUCGUUGUGAAGCUCAGCAUGACGGAUAUGCUCCGCACUGGAAAGGUGCUGGGCCUGAAGCUCAACGUAGACACAGAUUUCCAGCCUGUUGUCAUCAAGAAGGUGAAGAAGAAGGGCCUCGCGCAAGAUUGGAACGAGGCCAACCCACGAAAUCAGAUUCACGUGGGCGAUGAGAUCGUCCGUGUCAACGACAUCACGUGGCAUCACAACAGCAAGACCUUCGUGCAGCGCAUCAAAGGCCAGUACCUGGCUGCCCGCCACAAGACAGCCGGUGCAAGCCCCUUCCUGGCGUUGUACAUUCAGCGACCCCGAAUAGACAAAAGGAAUCGCACACAUAUGCAGCGAGAGGAUAUGCAUCACAAGGAAUAUGCGUUAGACUACGUGGCCACACUUUCAAUGCCAGGCGACAGCAUCAGUGCGAACAUGCUAGAGGGCAUGGGCUGGACACUGGGCUCGCAGAACAACAAGUCGUGGCACCCCCUCACGAUCCUGGAUAUCUUUUCAGACGGGGCCAUUGCCAAUUACAACGAACACCAUCCGAACAGCUUGAUCUGUCCUGGCGACGAGAUUGUUGGAAUAAACAACAUAUCCUGGCACGAGAACUCGACGCGCUUCCUCGGUCGUCUCGAGAGUCAGUACCAGCGAUCCCGCAGCACGCCAGCCGGACACGCGAGAAGUUUCGAGCUCAGCUUCCGGAGGCCCAGGGACGUGCAGGAGAUGUUCGACGCUGCUUUUCCUGUCGUGGAGAAGGUGCGCUGGGACACGGAUGACAUCAAGGUCCGUCGUAGUCCAACUCCAGGGAGCGCCCAGGGGCGGCAGGACGGGCUGGGAGCACCCAAUCAAGAUUUAAUUCUCGACCCUAGGGCCUCUUGGGGGGGCUUCACAGAAGGGUCGCCCCCCUGGCUCGCGCUGACCCGUGCUGCUCGUGAUGGCUCGGAUCUGCCCGCUGAAGGCAAGCCCAUGGACGUCGCGUCUGCAUCGUAGCAAC